CUCGCGCCGCGCUAGCCAGCCUCCGCUUCGAAACACUUGGGCGCUCUUUAGCCAGGGUCCCCGCUCCGUGACGUCAUUCUGCACUUACGAUGCGUGCCGCGCUCUCCCUCCUUUGGCCGCUGCUCUGGAGCUCAGCGUACCAACAUAUUGCUGGAUCAGGGCUAAAUGUGACCGAACAACAGCAAGACAUGUCCAUCCUGAGGACUUCCAACGUAUCUGGGACUGAAAUGGUUUCAUCUGGAGUUGACUUUGAAGAGGAAGAUGUAAAGGAAGUGAGGGCACCACACUUUCUUGUCAGUGACUCAGACAGAGAAGAAUUAGAUCUGAAGAAACCAAUGAAACCAGAAGGUGGAAAAAAGAACCCUAGCAAACAAAAAAGGAAAGGAAAUAAAGAUAAGAAGCAUAAAAAUAAAACUAGAACUCCAUGUGAAGGAGAAUUUAGAAACUUCUGUGUUCAUGGUGAAUGCAAAUAUAUUGAAAAUGUCCAAGCAGUCAGAUGCAAGUGCCUUCCAGAUUACUUUGGUGAGCGUUGUGUUGAACAGUUUUUGAAGACACAUAGGAAUGAUAUUGAAGCACCAAAUAAAUCAUCUGAAGUACUUGGUUCCAUUUUGGGAGCCGUUUUUGGGCUUACAGUGCUCAGUUUUGUCAUCAUUGUCAUCAUUAUCAUAGUGCGAAAAAGAUGUUCUAAAUAUGAUGAAAAAGAGGAGAGGAAAAAGCUCCGACAUGAAAAUGCAAGUUCCAGCAAUGGAGUUUAAAGAGAAGAAGAGGUGAUGAACAAACUAUUGCCGAAGCACAUUUUAUUCCAUGGAGGCAACUUGUGGAAGAACAUGAGACUGAGAUCUUGUUUGCCCCAACAUGGAAGAGAAUACAGAGAGGGAUGUUACAUUCCCAUCUACUGCCAAUGGAUGUAGAACAUGCCACUGGAAUUAACAUCUGUAGUUUUCAUAGCCACUGAGGAGCUUUGGAACACUGGAAAGUCUAUCGAAUGCUUAUUGCCUUUGCAGACUUCCCUUUUUGCAUGUACAUCUGUCAUCAGAGACUUGUUUACUGAGAGCGUUGACAGAAAUGUGUGUGUGUGACAGAGAAAAAGUGUGUGUGUCAAGGAAGAGUGUAUGACUGAGAAGGAUGAGGAAAGAGAAGAUUUUAGGAGAUGCUCAUGGUUACACAGAGGUUUUUAAUUAAAAAAACUGACUUCCACACACCCUGAAAGGAGCAAGAAAGAAAGGAGGCUUUGAUUAAGUAUCUCACACUACUUAAAGAACUGGGACAAAUGGCACAGGGUGUGCCUCCCUUCUCCCACACCUCCACCUCUGUCAGCUGGAGGUUUCCCACUGGCUGUGUGAAAAGGCAGCAGGCCAGGAGUGCCAUUAUUCACAACAGUCUACUUUUCAUACCGGACAUCCCAUUUGAAGAUACAUGUGCAAUUGUAGCAUUUCCCAAGGUUUCUGCUGCUAUAAUUUUUAAACAUGUAUGUUGGAAGAUCCAAUAGAUUAUUUUAAAGACUGACA